GGAAGACAGCGGUGUUCCUCCGCAGCUGCGCCCGCUCUGACCGCGCUCUCCCCCGGGCUGCACACGCCGAGGAGCCGCGGUGCUGCCGGAGCCACGGAGCCGCAGGAGCCACGGAGCAAACGGGUCUGGAUCUGGGUUCGGGUCGCGCGUUUCCGAAGCUGUGGAGGAGCAGAUAAUAUUAUGGAGUGGUCAGUGAGCUGCCGCGCUGGUGCCUGGACAUUCUCUCCUGCGCUCUGGACUUAGAACCAUCUCCUCGUGGACAGACACACGUCCCCCGUCACACACGUCCCCCGUCACACACGUCCCUCACCGUUCCUCCGCGUCCAUCAUGUCCUUCCCCAGAUCCUCGCCAAUCCUGCUGCUUCUCUCCGUCUUCUUCGCCGCCGUCGCCUCCUCGGACGAAAAUCCAGUCCUGCCGCACAUCGUGGACUGUUUCUCGGCGAACAUGGAGACGCUUCGGUGCCGCUGGAGCAGUGGGACCUUCCACAACCUGUCUGAACCCGGGGCCCUCAGACUCUUCUACCUCAACAAGCCGUCAGUGGUGGACUGGAUCGAGUGUCCGGCGUACAGCACCAAACGGCCGGACGAGUGUUUCUUCAGUGAGGAGCACACCACAGUCUGGUACAACUACAGGGUCCAGCUCCGCUCCAGAGACCAGAACACGAUCUACGACGAGCUCGUGUUCACCGUUUACGAGAAAGUGCGUCCGGACCCGCCGCACAAACUGAGCUGGCAGGUCCUGAACAGAAGCGUGUCGGGGCAGUACUACGACACCGAGGUCAGGUGGAGCCCCCCGGAGUCUGCGGACGUCCAGUCGGGCUGGAUGAAGCUGCAGUACCAGCUCCAGCACCGAGACGCGAGCUCCAGCGAGUGGAAGACCAGGGACCUGGUGGACGGCACUCACUGCUCUGUGUUCGGGCUCCUCACGGGCGUCCAGUACGAGGUGCGUCUGCGCUGUAAGAUGUCUGGGAUGACGGAGUUCGGAGACUUCAGCGAGUCUAUCUACAUCUACACCCCGGCCACAGUCUCCCGUUUCCCGGUGGCGGCUCUGCUCGUGUUCGGGGCCCUGUGCCUCGUCGCCGUCCUCAUAAUGGUCUUCAUCUCUCAGCAGGAAAAGCUGAUGGUUUUGCUGUUACCUCCUAUUCCUGGUCCCAAAAUUCGAGGGAUUGACCCAGAAUUGCUUAAGAAGGGGAAGCUGCGCGAGUUGCCGUCCAUCUUGGGCACGUCCGAGCUGAGGCCGGAGCUGUACAGCGUUGACCCCUGGGUGGAGUUCAUCGAGCUCGACAUGGAGGAGACGGCUGACCCCCUGACCCACUGCCUGCUACCGGGCUCUCCAUGUCAACACCGCUCCCCCGACUCGCCGGGCUUCCGUGAUGAUGAUUCCGGCCGGGCCAGCUGCUGCGACCCGGACCUCCACAGCGACAAUGAGGGCUCACCUUUCCACCCAACCUGCCAAGAGGAACCACCCAGCCCUCCACCGGCCAGCCCCAUCCCUCCACCGGCCAGCCCCAUCCCUCCACCAUCCACCGCCGACCCUCCGCCACCCCCCACCCCGCAGCAGGCCAUGUACACCCAGGUGAGCGAGGUCAGGCUCUCGGGGAACGUGGUGCUGUCCCCCGAGGAGGAGCAGCUCUCCCCGGAGGAACCCCGCUCAAAGCACAAACCCGAGCUCAGCACCGCCGGUUACACGUCGGAACUCAACGCGGGGAAACCCAACACGGACGUGGAGACGGGUCAGGAGUCGGCGCCGGCGGCUGUUUCGCUGCCGCCGGCUCCCGCGUACACGGUGGUGGAGGGGGUGGACAGACACAACAGCCUCCUCCUCACCCCACACCUGCUCAGCUCCAAGGCCACGCCCGAGGGAUACCUGACCCCAGACCUGUUUGGAGGAGUGUCAUCGUAGAAUCCUCCUCGGAUAUAAAGCGCUCACCCGUGAUUAUGAGGUAAUAAAGGGAACUUAAAGAGCGUGUGGACGGACAGUUUGGAGCUAUGCAAAAUUAGAAGAUUAAGGAUUAUGUCCCUCCUCUGAACACAAUUCAACAUCCACUGUGCUUUUUGUUGUCUGUUGUACAACAUUUAAUACUCAUUUAAUUUCAGAAGCACCCAGAUUUAGAUUCAGAAAUGUUUUGGGGGUGUAAUUACCAUAUUUUCUGCACUAUAGGGCGCACUUAAAAGCCUUUUAUUUCAUCAAAAAACGAGUGCGCGCCUUAAAAUCCAGACGCCUUAUAUAUGAAUUUAUUGGGGUGUCGUGGCGUAGACUUGUGGGCAGAGCUUUGUACAGAAUCUUACAGCUCAGGAGAGAUCGCUAGAUUACUCAAACAUGCAUGGAUGUUUGAAUAAUCUAAACCUCUUUCCAAGAAGAAUACACAAACAAAAAUGAAUUGCAUCACUUUUUUCACUUACAGCAAUUACCGUAUUUUCCGCACUAUAGGGCGCAUUUAAAAGCCUUUUAUUUCAUCAAAAAACAACUGUACGCCUUAUAAUCCAGAGCUCCUUAUAUAUGAAUUUAUUGUGGUGUGUUAGUAUGACUUUAGUAAACUACAAAGCCGCUCCACUUGCAGCGUUACGGCUCCCGUAGUC